CUCAUGAUCAGUCCGAUGCUCGCGCUCAAAGUGUGAAGCGCAGUCGCCUGCCGCGAAUGCUUGGCGCUUGUGAAGUCAAGCAAGGAUCCUGCGGAGCGCACUAGCGAUGUAUUGAGGCGAGUUUAUCCUGCCCAUUGACAGUCUUACCUACAGCAAGGCUCCAUGGGGUGCUUUCAUUGUUCUUCUUCGGUGUUCACGCCAUGUCCGGCCUUCGUCGCACCCCGGUCAAUGGCAUUGACGUGGCGACUGCACCUUGCACACCACCUUGUGUCGUCGUCGAUGUUCGUCUGCUAUGACAUAGAAGCUUCUCGAAGCCGACAAAGACACCUUAUAUCGUCUGUCAGUGAAGUCUUCGCCGAUCCUCGUCAAUCGCCCUCAGUCCUCGGGACCUCCUUCGAUGCCCUCCGGGUGCGAAAUCCGCGCUGGAAGCCAGCCUUCCCCGCAGCAGGGUACGGCUCUGGCCGUGCGGAGCGAAUGAGGUGAAUCCGCUGCUGCGCGGACGCGCUACAUCGCUCGGAUGGAUUCCUGCAUUCUGGGGGACUGGAGCGCAAGGACGCUACC